AAAAAAUGCGGAAUUCAAAAAAAAAAAUAUUACGUGUUUCUAAGAAAAGAUCACCAGAAAUAAAGAAAAAUGAUGAAAAUACUAGUGACGAAGAUAUUAUUGCUAAUUUAAAAAUUGAUAUGCUUUCGGAAGACGAAAAUAUUAGUGACCUUGAAUCACAGUCCAUAAAAAGUAUUGAUAAAGAAGAAAGCGAUUCUAUUGAACAACAUUCGGAAAAUGAAAAAUUUGUACUUGAUGAUACAACGGACAAUGAAGAAGAGAAUGAAAAAUUUAAUAAAGAAACAUCAGAAAUGAGUGAAAGUGAUGAAUAUAUUGCUGGUGAUAGUCUAGACGAAAAUGAUUUAGAACCGGAUGAAGAUAAUAAAACUUUAUCAGAAUCAGAUUAUAUUUAGGGAAACCAAAACUCAUUAUGUCGUUGGUGUAAAUGGUAAACCACGUAAAAUAUUACCUGAAAUUGAUCCAGUAUAUGAUAGUGAUUCUUCAACUGAAAAUCCAAUUAAUUCCGUUGGUAAUAUACCUAUGGAAUGGUAUGAUGAUUACCCACACAUUGGAUAUGAUAUUGAUGGGAAAAAAAUUAUGAAACCUGCUAAAGGUGAUGAAUUGGACAAAUUUUUGGAAAAUAUGGAAGAUCCUGAUUCAUGGAUGUCUGCCAAAGAUAAUCUCUUACAACAGAAUGUGAAAUUAACUGAUGAGGAAUUGGAAAUUAUUCGCCGAAUUCAAAUGGGUUCAUUCCCUGAAAAAGAUUUUGAUCCUUAUGAACCAACAAUAGAAUGGUUCACUGGUAAACCUGAAGUUAUGCCGUUAAAUGCCACACCUGAACCUAAACGUCGGUUCAUUCCUUCGAAAUGGGAAGCAAAACGUAUUAUGAAAAUAGUACGUGCUAUUCGUCAAGGACGUAUUGUUCUUGGAAAAUCUCAGGUGCAAAAGCCACGGUUUUAUAAUUUAUGGAGUGAAGACGAUAAGUCCCGUGAAGAACAUCCUAUGCAUAUACCUGCUCCAAAAAUGAAGUUACCUGAUCAUGAUGAAAGCUACAACCCACCUGCAGAAUAUUUAUUAACAGAUAAAGAAAAAGAAGAAUGGGAGGAGAUGGAUCCUGAUGAUAGAGAAAAAAAUUAUAUACCUCAAAAAUAUUCAUGCCUGAGAAAUGUACCUGCAUAUAAUCGGUUCAUUCAGGAGCGAUUUAAUAGGUGCCUUGAUUUGUACCUUGCCCCACGUAUUCGAAAAAAUAAGCUUAAUAUUGACCCGGAAUCACUUAUUCCCAAACUUCCAAACCCUAAAGACCUACAACCUUUCCCUACAUCCCUUACACUUUCAUAUGAUGGACACACUGAUCGUGUACGUUGCAUUUCAAUCGAUCCUACGGGAUUAUGGUUAAUUUCUGGUUCGGAUGAUAAAACAAUAAGAUUAUGGGAAAUUAUAACUGGACGCUGUGUUAAAACAUGGGAAAUUGAGGAUAUUGUUUAUUCAGUUGCUUGGUGUCCAAUUCGGGAAGUUUGUGCAUUUAUAUUUUCUUGUUCAAAUAAAGUUGGUGUAAUAUUACCAACAGAUAUUUGUGACGAUGAAGUUGCACUUUCAACUUCUCAAUACGUUACAAAUGGAUUUAAUAGUAAACGGAAUGAUGAAAAGGUCAAAUUGGUCGAGUGGAUGAAACCAUCUGACGAACAGAAUAAGAAUGGGAUACUUUUAUUCAUUCAACACACUCAUGAUAAGACAAUUAAGCAAGUCACUUGGCAUAGGAAAGGGGAUUACUUCUCAAGUAUUGCACCAGAUGCUGGUAAUCAAGGGAUUCUAAUUCAUCAGCUUACAAAACAUCAAACUCAACAACCUUUCCGUAAAACUAGAGGAAUUAUUCAAUGUGUAAGGUUCCAUCCUAUUAAGCCAUUAUUCUUUGUUGCGACACAGAGAUAUGUUAGAGUUUAUAAUCUAAUGAAACAAGAACUGACAAAAACUUUACAACCAGGAGUUAAAUGGAUUUCUAGUUUGGACGUUCAUCCGAUGGGGGAUAAUGUCAUAGUUGGAAGUUAUGAUAAGAAAUUAUGUUGGUUUGAUCUGGAUCUAUCCCAGAGGCCUUACAGGACUUUAUAUUAUCAUUCAAAAGCUAUUCGAAACGUGGUAUACCAUAAACGACUACCAUUAUUUGCAUCAUGUAGUGAUGAUGGAUCAAUACAAAUUUUUCAUGGUAUGGUUUAUAAUGAUCUGCUUCAAAAUCCGUUAAUUGUUCCAGUGAAGAUUUUAAAAGCUGGCCAUCAAAUUGUGGAUAGUUUAGGUGUUUUGAAUUGCGAAUUUCAUCCAAUUCAACCUUGGAUAAUAUCUUCGGGUGCGGAUCAUACAAUAAAAUUAUGGACGUAAGAAAAAUUAAGUCAAAAUAUUAGUUUAAUUACAAAUGAUCAUCUAUUUUUGUAUAUUUAAUGAAUGUUAUGUAAUAGAUCGAUAGAAUUCUUGU